AUGAGUGCGGAAGAGCAAGGUCGGAUCUCUGUGUGUGUAAUCGGACAGGUUGAUCACGGCAAGUCAUCGCUUUGCGGCCGGCUGCUGUACGAGGCCAAGGCGCUCGACGGGCGGAUGCUGGACCGGCUUGAGCGCGAGGCGAGCGCAUCAGGUGCCGGCACGUCGUGGAAGUGGGCCUUUGCGAUGGACUCGACCGAGUUUGAGCGCGAGCGCGGGAAGACAUGCGAGAUCGGACGGGCGGCCCUGGUCACGCCCGGCACUGCACGCAAGGUGGCGCUCCUCGACGCGCCAGGCCACGAUGCGUUUGUCCCGCACAUGAUCGGCGGAGCCGUGCAGGCCGACGCGGGCCUGUUGGUGGUCUCGGCGAGGGCGACCGAGUUUGAGGAGGGUUUUGACGCCCGCGGGCAGACCAAGGAGCACUGCGUGCUUGCCCGGGCUGCCGGCCUCAAGCACAUCAUUGUGGCUGUCAACAAGAUGGACGACCCAUCGGUGGCAUGGGGCGAGGCGCGCUACGCGCACAUUGCCACCACACUCACCCACUUUCUCACCACCUCGCUUGGCUUUGAACCCGAGGCCGUGACGUGCGUUCCGGUCUCGGCGUGGACUGGCGAGCAUGUGACCGACGAGCGGCGCGGAGACGCGGCGUGGACGGCCGAUAUUCCCAGCCUGAUGGCGGCAUUGGAGGCGCUGCCUGCGCGCCAGACGGCGGCCGAGGCGGCGCUGCCGCUCCGCCUCCCGGUCAGCGACUGGUUCACCGACCCGUUUACCGGACUCAACAUCAUGGGCGUGAUCGCCUUGGGUACAAUCAACGCCGGCGACCGGCUUCGGCUCGAGCCGAGCGGCGCGACGCUCGACGUGGUGAGCAUGACCACGCCGCAGCCAGGUGGGCAGAUCGAGGUGGCGGCGGCCGGGCCGGGCACACCAGUCACGCUCACGGUCCGUGGCAUCGACGAGGUCAGUCUCAGCCUCGGGCAAGUCCUCAUCGACGACAUCGACGGGCACCCGACGUUGCCGACGACCAAGGUCAUGGUUCGACUGUUGUUCCUAGACUCGGCACCGGGCCCAGUCAUGGCCGGCUACGACGCUGUGGCUCACAUCCACGCCGCCGAGGUCGACGUACUUGUCGAGGGCCUGCGGCGGCCACGGGCCAAGGCCAAGAGCCGGAGCAAGCACAAGCCGCUCGUGGCUCGCCCCGGCGACCACCUCGACGCCCCGCCGAGCGCCACAGCGUGA